AUGUCUUCGUUUCUCUCAAGCCAGCGUAUCCUUCUUUCAGGAUCCUCCAACUCUCGUACCGAAGCUCUAAAGGUUGAAUUGGCGAAAACAUGCAGCAGCUUUCAAGCUGUGAACCUCGACAAUCGUAGCUCCAGCGACAAUUCGACAGAAAUCACUUCUCGGAUCGAUGACGCAUUCGCCGCAAUAAGCGGGUCGGCCGAUCUUGUUGUUGUUGAUGCUCGGGAUCACGAGCACUGCGGCCGCGAUCCAAUUUGGGAAGUGCCUCUAACUGAGUGGGACAAGCAUCAUGACGCUGCCCAGAUCAAUCAGAGAAGAGCCUUAUCCCAGAUCAAGGCAAUCCUCCAAAGUCAGUUCAAGAGAUCAAAAGAGGGCAACUCGAUUGGCCCCUUUUCUAUGAUCAUUCUCGGUUACAAGGCUUCCUUUGAGGGAUCCCUCGAUGUUGUUCUUUCUAAAAUACAGCGGGAUAUUGCAUGGCUCCAUGGCGACGCUUCUGUCAACUUCCUCGACGUUGAGAAUUUAGGCGGCGAUGCUACUGAUCUGUCCAUUAUUUCUGCGAUGAAUAUAUUGGCAACUAGCAGCUCGCGUGGAUCUGUUAUCUCACUCAAUGAUGUUUGGACCCUUUGCAACUCACAGUCUGACGACACGAAGCCACCAUCUCACAACACAAACAUCCCACAAUCUCAAACACAACCUAGGAUAAGCUCGCCUCUUAGAGCAAAGAAACCGAAAGUCAAGAUUGCGCUUUCGUUUGACUUCGACGCGUUAUCGGCUUUUCUAGGCACGGGAGAACAUCCAGACAACAACCUUGCAGACUACAGCACUGGUGUAUUCUCCGGGCGCGUUGGUGGCCGCCGGUUACUACGUAUACUGAAGAAAUAUCAGAUUGCCGACAAGGUCACAUGGUUCAUUCCUGGGCACACUAUGGAGACCUUUGAAUCCACAGUCAAAGAGAUCGUCGAAUCCGGCGCGGAGAUUGGACUCCACGGCUACGCUCACGAAGGCGCCUAUCAGAUGACGCCGGCACAAGAGCGCGACGUCUUGGCGAAGUGCAUGCAAGUAUCGGAGCGUCUGACCGGUAGAAAGGUACAAGGAUACCGCGCUCCGAUGUACCAGCUGCGCGAAACGACAAUCGAGCUUCUCAAAGAGUUUGGGUUCCUGUACGACUCAUCCUUGAGCCACCAUGACUCGCAACCCUACUUCACACCCAGCGACCCGCCCGUCGAGCGUAUCGACUUUUCCAAGCCAGCGAGCAGCUGGUUGAAGCCAACGCCGAUAAGCGAUAUGGACGUAGUACCACCCGCGCCAUUGCACUCACCCGCCACUGGCCUGCCCCUUGUGGAAAUUCCCAUUGGCUGGAACAAUGAAGACAUGAUGGGACUACAAUAUUUUCCGCAUGUUGCCAACACUAACGGACAAGUUGAUGCCCGCGUUGUUGAGCAGCGCUGGAAGGACAUUUUUCUGUGGCUGUGGGAGAACGGCGAGGCCGAGUCCGAUGACGGUACCUUCAUUUUCCCGCUACUCAUGCACCCAGACUCCAGUGGUCUGGCACACGCCAUGACCAUGGCGGAUCGUUUCAUUGGAUGGCUGCGGAGUUGGGGGGAUUCGGUCGAGUUCCAUACGUAUGAGAGCAUAGCGCAUGACUUUCUUCAUAAGAAGGGUGUUAAGAAUGGCAACAUUUCUAAGUAG